AUGGACGUUAAAGCAAGCUUUGAAAAGGCCUAUUGGAGCCUUGAACCCCACCUCAAUGAUGAUAAUUUAAAGGAAUUAUCUGCAGCAACGUUACGUUUCGUUGCACUCAAUUACAUCGAACGCAAGAGUCCGAAACCUCCAAAGACAUUGUUGAGAGCUAUAGAGGAGUUAAAAGGACGCGACGACAUAGUUAUCACGAAACCCGACAAAGGGUCUGGUGUUGUGGUUCUAGACAAAACCGAAUACUUGCGAUUACUUUCUGAAGCCUCAGUCAAUGAUACAAGCAAGUUCCGUGCCGUUCCCCUGGAGAAACCCAAGACCAGGGGCAGACCAUCCAAAUAUUACCACCCCCUACUACAAAAAGAGAAGAUCCUAGAUUCCAUUGUUCGUAGAAUUCUACCGAAGACCAUUGCAGAUUCCGUGAGCCCUACAGGUUCCAGAUUGGCACAUUUAUAUGGGUUGCCAAAAACCCACAAAGAACCAUUGGCUAUGAGGCCUAUAUUAUCAGCCACCGACACGUACAACUUUCCCCUUGCUAAAUGGCUCGACGAGAAAUUGAAGCCCUUGUCCCUUAAUCAGUAUACAGUUACUGAUAAUUUUGAUUUCACAAAAGAGAUUCACGAGCUGAAGAUCAACAAGG